AUGCCUCUAUUUGGACGAAGAUUAUUUCAUCUUAAUAAUAAUAAUAAUGAUGAGAAUUUAAAACAAGAUAAUGAAGAAAUUUAUACAAUUGAACAUACAGGUGAAAAAUUUAAUCAACGUGAUUUAUAUGAAAAAUUAAAAAAAGCAUAUGAUUUGGAACGAUGGACAUGUGAAUGUACAUGGAGAGCUGGUUUAACACAUAAAGAAGCAUAUCAAUCAGAAAUUGAUAUAAGAAAAUCUUUAUCAUCAAUGGUACCAAGUUAUUUUCAUAAACCAAUUUUUGAUAUUAUAUAUCAUAAUGUAAAACCCUUAGAAAAAUUGGCUGAAGAAGUGUCAAUUAUACUUGGUCAAAGUUUUGUUAUUGGUGAAAUAGUUCAAUUUAAAAAGAAAAAAGAUAAUACAACUGUAAAAGGUAUUGUCGAACGAAUUGAUGAUAAUGAUGAUCCAAAAAAAAGAACAUCAGAACGUGCAUCCGUUCAAGCGAAACUACCUUCAGAUAAACAAAUGAAAAAUGUUAAAUAUUCAAUUCGAUUAGCCGAUGAAGAUCGUGUAGUUAAUAAUGUUCUACCAAGUGAAUUACAACGAUGUAGUUUUAUACCUAAUCGUGAAAAAUUAAAAACAUUUAUUCGUUCAUAUGCUAUGAGACUUGGUAAUCGAGCAGAUAGUCCAUGGAUAUUUUAUGAUAAUUCAAUAAAAGAUAAAUAUGAUAUGAAAGAUUCUAUACCAUCAGAAACAAUUGAAAAAAUUAAAAAAUCUUUCACAAUUACACUUGAUGAAAUUCUUCGUGAACAAGAUAGAAUUGCGCGUAAACUAGCUGAAGAAGAAGCUGCUGCUCGCGAAGAAAAAAAUAAAUCAAUUGAAAUUAAUAAUAAUAGUAAGUAA